AUGUCUUCACCAUCAAAGAAUCAUCCUCCUUCAUCACACUAUAUUAAGUCAAAUAAACAUAUUACUUUUUCAUAUUUGUCAGAUUUAACUAGUUUCCAAAAAGGAACCUUGGGUGAUACCGAUACUUAUUUGGUUGGGAUUUUGCAUUUGAAUUAUAGUAAACCUCAACAAAUCAAAAAUAUCCAUUUGAACUUGAGAGGUGCCGAAAAAACUUCUUGGCAUAAAGCUCAAGCAAGGUCAAAGGCUUUAUAUAGCGGAGAACAAGUUUUGGUGGACCAAAACUUUAAAAUCUGGGAGUCUCACGAGGAUGAAACAAAUAUCACAAAGUUAGAUGUGCAAUUCAACAUCAAAUUGCCAUACAAUUUACCCGAAUCGAUUAUUACUGAAACAGGUUCGGUUAAUUAUGUCAUCAAGGCAACUAUUAACAGAAAAGGUAGCGUCAUGUAUUCUGCUACGCAAUCAGUCGAAAUCCACUGUCCUCUAAGACGCACUAUAAUGCUUGAUAAUAACAAUAAUACUCCUCACAAGCUAAGAGGGGAGUCUAGGUGCGGUCUGGAUUAUACAUUUGUUUUGCCUCCAAGUAAAAACUUAAAUCUUGGAAGUUAUGUCACGAUUCCUAUGAGAAUAAAAUUCUUAAAAGCCGGCGUCAGCGUAGAAAGAGUGGAGAUCAAUUUAAAGAGUUGCAUGGAUUUCAGGUGUAAUAAUCCCAACGAAACUCGUCACGUCAAGGAACAAGUUGCUUCUUUGCUUGUUCCACGUCAAGAAAUCAAAUACACUCAAUCUACAUCUCAAAAUUACGAAGGCGAAUGUUUGCAUACGAUCAAUCUAUUCAUACCACGAACUGUGCAACCGACCUAUUCUGGAAGGUUCAUCUCCAUAACACAUCAAUUGGUCAUUAAGUUUUGUUUAUGGGGUGCUGAUGAUGAUUUCCAAAUUGAAGAGGGUGUUAGGGUGGCAAAUAUUCUCGAGAAAACUGGUUAUACGGCUCCCGACUUAUCAGCUGAGCUUGUUAGCAGUAAUGGUAAUCAAAAUAAUCAAAACCAACAAUUAAUUAUUAACCGAUCGCUUACAUCAUCACCAUCAAUACCACCAUCAAUGGCUAGUAAUAAUAAUUUACCAAAUCAUAAUAAUAACCACAACAACGAUCAACCUCAAUUGCAUCAUUCGUCUUCGUAUAACAGUAUUGACAACUCAUCACCCUCCGUUUCUUCAUACCCAACACCUGGAUAUUACGACCACGAUGAUAUUAGUAUAAUAGAUUAUCGUGAUUUCAAUGCUAUCGAUGAUUAUAACUAUCUUAAUCAUUUUCCUCCACCUCAUCAGAUGCACCAUAUGCAUCAUCCUAUGAACACACCUCCCCACUAUUUAAAUUAUAAUAACCUUCAGCAACAACAAUUUCCACCACCACAGCACGAAAUAGACCCUGAUUUACAUCAAGAAAGAAAACUUUCUGCAAAAGCUUUAGAAUAUCAACAACAAUUAUUAUUACAACAACAACAGCCUCAUUAUAAUCAAUAUUCUCAUUUUCAACAUUUACAACCAACCUCACUUCCUUCUUAUGAUGAUGGGUAUGAUGAAAAAUUUUUCUUAAAAAAGUUAGAUGAUUUUUUCUUUUACAAUCACCUAAAUAGUAGUAAUAAUAGUAGUAAUAGUGUUAAUGAAAACAAUUAUUAUCCUAAUGAAAAAAAAAAUUACCCUAAUGAAAAAAAUAAUUAUUAUUAUAAUAAUGAAAAAAAAAUUAAUAAUAAUUAUAAAAACGAAAAAAAUUUUAAUAAUAAUGAAAGAUUCAAUGAUUAUUAUAGAAAGCAAUAUGAAUUAGCUUUUCAACAUAGAUAUAUUAAUAAUCAAUUUCCUAUUACUAUGCCCAAUUAUUAUAAUAAUAGAUCCCUCAAUAACAACAACAACAAUAAUUUAAAUAAUAUUGCAUCAUCUACAACUUCUACUUUGACAGCACAAUCAUCGUCUGCAACUCUUUCAACUCCACCUGCUGCUACCAACGACUCUACCAGCAAUUUGAAUAACAAUACCUCUUCCUCUGUCACUCCUUCUUCAAACAAUAGUGCUUCUGACAUAAAUAAACUAAAAUCAUCACCAACAAUGAAUACGAUACCUCCACCAAAUCCCUCUGUCUACAACAAAGAAGGAAUGGCGCCACCAUCCCCAUCCUUAUCCGCGACUAAAUUGCCACCUUACGAAAAAUCAAAUUCAUUGGCUUCAACUACCCCACCUCCAGAGGCACUUAUCUCACCUCCACCUUAUCGUGGACUUCAUCCAUCUCAUAUUCCUCAUCAUUUUCAAAGUAACUUUGUUGAUCCUUACAACUAUAAUUAUGAAGAAAAAUUAUAG